UCUUGAAGCGCCGGAACCACAGGACCGGGUGGUGGUGGGCCGGGCGGAGAGGUUCGUCGAGGGAGAGGUUCCCCCGCGCCGCUCGGCUCUCCGGGUCGCGGCGCCAUGAGGCUGGCCUCCCGUGCUCUGUGGGCCGCCGCAGGGGUCGCCUGGCGAGAGAGCUUCCCCCUGGGCGGCCGCGACGUGGCGCGGUGGUUCCCGGGUCAUAUGGCCAAGGGGCUGAAGAAGAUGCAGAGCAGUCUAAAGUUGGUGGACUGUAUCAUCGAGGUCCAUGAUGCCCGGAUAUCCUUUAUUGGUGGCCGCAACCCUCUGUUUCAAGAAACCCUUGGGCUUAAGCCCCACGUGCUGGUCCUCAACAAAAUGGACUUGGCGGACCUGAAAGAGCAGCAGAAAAUUAUACAACACUUAGAAGGAGAAGGCCUAAAACAUGUCGUCUUCACCAGCUGUGUAAGGGAUGAGAAUGUCAAGCAGAUCAUCCCGAUGGUCACGGGACUGGUUGGGAGCAGCCGCCGCUAUCAUCGAGGUGAGAGCCUAGAGUUCUGUGCCAUGGUGGUUGGGAUCCCCAACGUGGGCAAGUCCUCCCUCAUCAACGCGCUCAGGAGGCAGCACCUCAGGAAAGGGAAAGCCACCAGGGUGGGCGGCGAGCCUGGCAUCACCAGAGCUGUGAUGUCCAAAAUUCAGGUGUGUGAGCGGCCGCCGCUGUUCCUGCUGGACACUCCUGGGGUGCUGGCUCCUCGGAUCGGAAGCGUGGAGAUGGGCCUGAAGCUGGCCCUGUGUGGAACCGUGUUGGACCACCUUGUCGGGGAGGAGACCCUGGCUGACUACCUUCUCUACACCCUCAAUAGGCACCAGCUCUUUGGAUAUGUGCAGCACUACGGCCUGGGCGGAGCAUGUGACGACAUCACCAGUGUGCUGAAGCAGGUGGCCGUGAGACUGGGGAAGACACAGAAGGUGAAAGUGCUCACAGGCACAGGUGAUGUGAACGUCAUCCAGCCCAACUACCCCGCAGCCGCCCGAGACUUCCUCCGGACCUUCCGCAGUGGGCUGCUGGGCCCAGUGAUGCUGGACAGGGGCGUCCUGCAGAGCCCCCUGGUGGCAGAGCCCUGAACUCGUCCAGCUGGCAGGGGCCUCGCUCCUGCCUGGCCCUUGGCAGAUGUGGGGUGUCCCAGACCUUCCCAGCCCAGAAUCUGAUGCUGGGACUCCCCUUCCCAGAGGCUCCAUGCUGGUCACUGUCCACUCAGGUCUCUAAUCCUGGAAGGAGCCCGUGCCUCCUGCUGCUCCACAGCCUGGCCAGCUGUUGGUUGUCGGGGACUGUGCCUGGGGGCUGGACAUCAGGGCUGAUGAUGUUCCUAAGCGUCCCUGAGUGCCUCAACCAUGCAGAGUAUCUCUUCUGGAGAAGAUGACGUUUUCUCAGGAGGAGGUGAAAGUAAAAUCUGUAAUUUUUAAAUCUUAAAA